AUGAGGUCAUGGUGGAGGGCCAAGGCGUUUGUGCUCAUUAAGGCGGUAGGAACAAUCUCUUGCUCGAGGCAGGCCGCAGAGCCAUCUGCAUCCUCAUUUCCCCGGAAUGAACGAAACAGGGCCACCGGAACAGCCACCGACGUAGACCCUGUAAGUGCGUGCUGCGGACAAUUUCUUGAGAUUGAUGCUAUUUUUACCUCUUCAGCCCCAGCAGGAGUCCCCGCCCAGGGACCAGACCACGACCGUCCAGCGUGCAGAAUCCGCUCCGGGGUCCGGGCCUGCAGAAGACUCCAGAGGCAUCGGCCACAGCGGACUCAGCACCGGAGGCGGGGUGAAUUACGCUCUGAGCUUGAGUCUUGCCGACCUCGAAUUAGUCACUUGCGGCAUCCCACAUUGGCUUGGGUGCAGGAAACAGCGACUGAAGUCCAGGGCAAGAGAAAUGUGGCUUGUGCUUCCUCAGACUUGUUUCUUUCCUUUGCAAGCCACGACUCGGCCGGAUCCUCAACGACUCGCUCGACGACCCCCAACCUGUCACACCUGCAACCUUCAACUCAAGUCUCGACCUCAUCACGGACUUCUUCCGGAGAUAUUCUCCCCCAUUAG